UCAAUUUAGGGCGCGGGAAGCCGGGAAUUCUUUACCCGCCCUUCCGCCUUUAUUUCUCUACCUCUUUCUCAUUUCCAAACAAUUCAGUUCUCCAUCAAUUUGCGACGAAAUGGAUUUGUCAAACCCUGCUGUGUUUGUCAAUGCUGAGCUACUGCGCAUGUAUGUGGGACGGAGGGUUCGGGCAGUUAUUCAGGUUAUUCGCUCUGAUGGUGGCACAGUGACUGGAAAAUCAACAGAUGAUCAGCAGAUAUUCAUCAAAGGUCAACCACCUGGUCCUCUCUCCACAUUCGUUGAGGUUAUUGGUGUUGCUGACAGUAACCAAUCAAUCCGUGCUGAAAUAUGGAGCAACUUUGGGGAUAACCUUGAUACAGUUAGCUACAACCGCAUUUGCCAACUAGCCAACGGGGACUAUAAACACUUGUUCAUUUGAGGAUGGAAUCAGUAUGCUUGCUUUUUAUGAUGCUGUUGUGCUGAAGCUUCAACUACCUUUCAGUUCUUCCUCUCUACGGUGUUGCAUACCAAUUGCCAAUGUUGGUAUUUGUUUUCUGAUCUUGAUUAGUAGCAUCUUUUCAUAAAUUAGUACCAGAAAACUGUCAAAUCUCCUAUGCUGUGAUUCAGGUCGAUAUUAUUAGAGGUUUUUUGUUGACUGAUCAUUGGUAAAUUUGUAAAAUACUCUAAAAUACAUUAAAUAUUAGAAGAAUGCUAUCCCGUGUUCGUACUUUUUA